AUGUCGCUUUUGAAGAGGCCCGGACCUAUUGCUCGCAAUGUGCGUGAGAUCGCACUACCAUGCGCAGACAUCCCACGGCCCGCAUGCUCGCGCUCUGUUUCCGGCCUCAAUCGCCCGUCACCAAAAUAUUCCCAUCAUGUCCCGCUCGGUUUUUUCGAGAAGGGGUUUCUCGCCAUUGGCUCUGCCGUAGGCGCACUUCUCAAUCCUCGAAGAGCUGACCUAAUCGCAACCCUCGGCGAAGUAACCGCAACGCCAUACUUUAUAUAUCGACUCCGAAAUGCUAUGCUCCAAGAUCCCACAGGUCGACAAAUUCUCCGCGAUCGCCCACGCAUAACCUCCGAAACGCUCCCUCUUCCCUACCUCCGUUCCCUCCCCGAGAACUCUGUCGGACGUUCCUACGCUGCAUGGCUAGACAGGGAAGGCGUAUCCCCAGAUACCCGCGAUAAUGUGCAGUACAUCGAUGACCCAGAAUGCGCAUACGUCAUGCAGCGAUACCGGGAGUGCCACGAUUUUUACCACGCUGUGACUGGGCUUCCUACAUUCGUAGAGGGCGAGCUGGCGCUCAAGGCGUUUGAAUUCCUGAACACAUUGAUCCCGAUGACGGGACUUAGCAUGGCUGCAUCUGUGCGGUUGAAGCCUGCGGAACGGGAAAGGCUAUUUUCGUUGUAUCUUCCUUGGGCGGUGCGCAGUGGACUGUCCAGUAAGGAGCUAAUCAAUGUUUAUUGGGAGAAGGUUCUAGAAAAGGAUGUUGACGAAUUGCGGGCAGAGCUGGGGAUUGAGAAGCCACCCGAUAUGAGAGACAUUCGACGAAUGAUAAGGAUGCAGAAGAAACGGGAGAAGGAACGGUUGGAGGGUAAGAGAUCCUAG